GAUAGAUUAUUACACACAUGAACACGUCACCGUCCCUAUCAUUUUUUUGUUCUCAUCAUCAUCAUUUUCUAAUUCUCAUAAUCCUUCCUUAAACUGAAUCAGCAUCAUCACCACCAACCAUUAUUCUGAAAAAAGAAAAAAUACAAUGGCGACUCGCAUGAUCCUCAGAGGAGCACUUAAGAAACGCACCUUCUUCUUCCCUCCAUCCUUUUCCACUUCUCGAAACGGUAGCACUCUUGUCCUCGCGGAGCACGAAAACGGUGCCAUCAAACCUCCUUCUCUCUCCGCACUCCACGCCGCCACGUGUCUUCCUAACAAUGACGACUCUUCCGUUUCUCUUCUCUUAGCUGGCUCUGGUCCUUCUCUUCAUCAGGCUGCUUCACAUGCUGCUUCCUCCCACCCUUCCAUCUCGAAGGUGCUCGUGGCGGAUUCAGAUACAUUCAAGAACCAAUUGGCAGAACCCUGGGCUAAACUAGUACAUUUGGUUCAGCAAAGAGAUGGUUACUCUCAUAUAAUUGCAGCUUCAAAUUCUUUUGGGAAAAAUGUCAUGCCGCGUGCUGCUGCUCUUUUAGAUGUUUCUCCAGUUACUGAUGUUACAGGAAUAUCUGAUUCUCAUACUUUUAUAAGGCCAAUAUAUGCAGGAAACGCACUUUGCACAGUCCGAUAUACUGGUGCCAGUCCUUGUAUAUUAACAAUUAGAUCCACAUCUUUUCCUGUUUCUCACAAGUCUGUUGACUCAAAAUCUGAUAAGGCUUCCAUAUCUCAGGUUGAUCUUUCAACCUUUGAUGAAGAUCUGGACAAGUCUAGGUAUAUAUCUCAAACUUCUCGGGAUGACGAAGGACCAGACCUUGGGAAUGCACGAAUUGUAGUUACUGGUGGUCGUGCACUAAAGAGUGCUGAGAACUUUAAGUUGAUCGAAAAUCUAGCCAAGAAACUUGGUGCUGCUGUUGGUGCUACUCGUGCUGCUGUUGAUGCAGGAUUUGUUGCUAAUGAUCUCCAGGUUGGACAAACUGGAAAGAUUGUUGCUCCUGAACUCUAUAUGGCUUUUGGUGUAUCUGGAGCUAUUCAACAUAUAGCAGGGAUGAGGGAUUCCAAAGUCAUUGUUGCUGUGAACAACGAUGCCGAUGCUCCUAUAUUUCAGGUUGCUGAUUAUGGACUCGUAGGAGAUUUAUUCGAGGUGCUACCAGAGUUGUUGGAGAAGCUUCCUGAGAAAAAAUAAAAUGUGUGCAUGCAUAUAUGUUUAUAGUGUAACAGUUGCUUAAUGUAUCAUCCUUGGAAAUACAAUUUCACAAUAGCAUUUGUUUACCUGAAAAAGUAGAAGAAAAUGAAGUCUAUAAGUGGAACAUUAUACUACCAAUAGGCUCAUUUUGCAUUAUUACUAUAGUGGGUAAAAAACUUUUAAUUUCUUCAAAAAAUUAUAUCAAAUCACUUUACACA